UGAGAUGACGACUUAGCCCCCUUGUUGCUCCCCUCGAAUACACUUUCAACACUUCGACCUCUAGACGUCUGCGAAGAAAGGGUCCGGCAUGCAGGAUAUUGCAUGUAGAGUACACCGAAACCGUAUUGUCUAUGUCAGAUCCAGGCGACCACCAACAGCAGCCUAUCGCACACGAUGAAGCGAAUACUACGAGCCAGUCUUUAGCCGGGGAGGAGCCCGGUCGCGAGCAUGGCGUCGCUGAACCUAAACAAGACGCUUCUCGAGAAGUGACAGACAUGAGUGGGCAAGAAAGCGAUCGGGAAGAUGAGCACUCGGGCUCAAGAGCACAGGAGAUUGAGAGGGAGGCGAGCGAGCACCUCGCACGCAGGGCUGCAGGACUGGGAAUAAAAACGGACGAGAUGUCAUCGAAUAGCUCUGGGAAGGCAGAUGGUGGAAAGACGGAACUCCCAGCGUCACCACCACCGCCUCCUGUGCCCACAAAGGAUGCGUCUGAGCCCAAACAAUCGGCGCAAACCGAGGAAUACGACGAGAAACACCCCGUGCAGAGUGAAGAGACUCCGAUGGACGUUCCAGAAGCUCCGCAGGGAGCCACAGAGGGGAUGGGCCUGGAAAUACAGAACAUCAUGGACCAGUUUCAAGAGGGAAAUGCGCCAGGCGAAGAAGAGAUCAUGUCUCCACUGCUCGAGAAGCAACAACCCAUCUUCGUCUUGCCACCACGAACGUCAAGUCUCGAGAAUCGCGAUCAGCAUUCGUUAAGCCCACAAACGACCGGAGGUAGCAUGCAGAGUCCAUCUUUUGCAUCUCCAGCAUCGGGCAAGCCGCCAUCCGUCUCGGGCGCAAGUCUCAGCAAAGUCAAGUCAGAGGACAGCGAGUCCAUUAUGAGUGCUAAAGCCGGCUCAAUCUUCCAACCCCCUCCACCAUCGCCAGACCCUGAGCCCACCCUACCUUUCGACUUUCACCGCUUCCUGGAACAACUCAGACAUCGAACGGCCGACCCGGUGGCACGCUUCCUGCGCUCAUUCCUCAACGAGUUUGGAAAGAAGCAAUGGAUGGUGCACGAGCAGGUCAAGCUCAUCUCUGACUUUCUGCAGUUCAUCGCGAAGCGAAUGGCGCAGUGCGAAGUCUGGCGCACCGUCUCGAAUGCCGAGUUCGACCAUGCGCGAGAAGGCAUGGAGAAGCUGGUGAUGAACAGGCUGUAUUCGCAGACAUUUUCUCCCGCCAUACCAGCAGCGUCUGGAAGUUCGCCGCGCAAGUCGGGAAAGACAGGAAGGUUACAGGCGGAUGCUGCGACGCCACACGGUUCUGGACGGCGAGGUCAACAUCAAGAGGAUGUGGAACGAGACGAGGUGAUUGCGCAGAAACUGCGGAUCUACGGCUGGAUACAGGAAGAGCACCUCGACAUCAAGCCCAUCACUGAAAAAGGCCGCAAAUUCCUAACCCUUGCCCAGCAAGAGCUGCUCAAGCUCAACACAUAUCGAGCGCCGAGGGACAAAGUCAUCUGCGUGCUCAACUGCUGCAAAGUGAUUUUUGGCUUUUUGAAGAACUCACGAGGCGAUCAGUCAGCAGACGCUUUUGUGCCUCUGCUCAUCUACACCGUGCUACGAGCGAGUCCGGAGCAUUUGGCGAGCAAUGUGCAGUACAUCUGGCGCUUUCGGAAUCAAGACAAACUAGGUGGCGAGGCUGGGUACUACUUGUCUUCCCUAAUGGGAGUGGUAUCAUUCAUUGAGAACCUGGACCGGACCAAUCUCACCAUCACGGACGAAGAGUUCGAGAGGAAUGUCGAGGAGGCUGUGAGUGCGAUAGCGCAAGAGAACAAGGCCGAAGAGUACGAGGAGAAGACGCAUACCGCCGCCGCGGCGCCGGCGGCUCCUCUGCAGCGCCUCAAUGAGAAGAGCGCGCCGAGCCGGCCUGAGGUGACGCAGAGGAACAGCCUGGACGGCGAACGAUCGAGUCCGAGAAGAAGUCAUAGUCGGGAAAAGAGCCAGCUUAGCGCGGCGGAGAGCAGCGAUGACUUCGACGAUGCUGUGACGGGCUUGCUCCGGACGAUUCAGAAGCCGCUGAGUAGCAUCGGGCGGAUCUUCUCCGACGACACAACAACGACUCAGCAAGGCAGCUCCUUGCGAGCAACGAGUACGUCGCGAAAACCGAGUCCGGCGCCACCUGACGGACGGAGGACUGCGAGUCCGAAUGGGGCUUUUGCAGCAGGUCAGUCUCCGCCCGGACAGAACGCAACAGCAGAAGCGGUGGCAAAGCAAGCGAGCGUGGAGACGGCGCAGGCUCAAAGGGUGCGGGUCAGGGAGAACCGAGUGGUUGCGGAGACGCUGCAGAGCAUGUUUCCCAAUCUCGACAAAGAGGUGAUUGAUGAUGUGGUGCGGGCGCAGGAGGGCAACGUUGGGCGGGCUGUGGAUGCAUGUUUGGCUUUGAGCGGGUGAGAUCAUGAAUUAUAGAGCUGUAAUAGAUUGCUCUGUCCAUAUGAAGACCAUAAGAUCACGCGAAAAAUGUAUUGCGGUCAAAGGGUUGCAGUCU